AAUUAAACAUCACAUUACAUAACAAACUCGAAUGGGAUUCAACCUUGCAAAAAAAGAGUGAGCAGAUAACAAAAAUCAGCCGAUUAUAUAAAUUAAUCUUCCCCACAGUGUCGCACUCUCAGUCGCGAAUAUACAUUUGCAACUUCUCCAUCCAAUAAUUUUUUCGCAAAUUUGCAAAAAUGAAGGUGCCAACGCAAUCCUACAUUUCCGGAAAAUGGUUUGACUCCGAACUCGCGACCACGUUUCCCGUCAUCAACCCGGCUUCGGGCGACAUUAUCGCCGAGGUGGCCGAUUGUGGGGCGAAAUUGACCAGUUUCGCCAUCGAAGGGGCGGCCGACGCUUUUCCGGCGUGGAAACAAAAAACGGCGAAGGAACGGGGCGAAAUUUUGCUCAAGAUUAAAGAAGUUUUGCUCAAGAAUGCCGACCACGUGGCGGAAAUCAUGACGAAAGAGUGUGGAAAGCCAUUGAAAGAAUCGCGCGUUGAGGUGGCCUUUUCGGCGUCGUUUUUCGACUGGUUUUCUGCCGAGGGGCGUCGCGCUUAUGGGGAAACUAUUCCCCCCACCGGACCUGGAAAAGCGAUGAUCACUAUUCGCAAACCCGUCGGUGUUGCCGCUUUCAUCACUCCGUGGAACUUUCCCCUUGGCAUGCUAGCUCGUAAGGUGAGCGCUUCUUUGGCUGCCGGAUGCACGUGUGUCAUAAAACCAGCCGAAGACACGCCGCUCACGGCAUUAGCGUUUGCACAGAUUUGUCACGAUGCCGGGGUUCCUGCCGGGGUCGUGAAUGUGGUGCCGUGCUCGAGAAAGAAGGUCGUCGACGUGGGCGACAUGCUCUGCUCGCAUAGAAAAGUCGCUUGUCUCUCAUUCACGGGGUCAACCGCGGUCGGAAAGUCGUUGUACGCGAAAUGUUCCUCUACAAUGAAACGUGUCCACAUGGAACUCGGAGGAAAUGCACCGUUCAUCGUUUUUAACGAUGCCGACAUCGACCUUGCUGUGAGUGGAUUGAUUGCAUCCAAAUAUCGUAAUUCUGGACAGACGUGUAUCACCGCCAACAAAAUUUUAGUCCAGUCACAAAUUUAUGACAAAUUUAUGGACAAAUUGCUCCAAGCCGUGACCAAGUUGAAAGUUGGGCCCGGUUUGGAACCCGAUACGGAUGUCGCCGCCAUCAUUAACGACGCGCAAAUCGAGAGGAUUGAGCGCAUCGUGACCGAGUCGAUCGAACAAGGCGCCACUUUGUUGCACGGUGGCGUCCGCGUGUCCACCCUCGGACCUCGUUUCUUCCAACCCACCAUCCUCACCAACGUGAAGCCCAACGUGGCCGCGUACGAAGAAGAAAUUUUCGGCCCUGUCGCCGCAAUUUGCAAAUUUGAAAGUGAAGACGACGCCAUCAAAUUUGCCAACGACACGGACAAAGGUCUCGCCGCGUAUGCGUACACGAACAAUCUCCGCCUUUCGUGGAAACUUGCGGAUUCCUUGGAAUUUGGAAUGGUCGGGAUUAAUGAGCCUAUAGUGUCCACGUGCGAAGCGCCGUUUGGUGGGAUUAAAAACAGCGGAUUUGGUAAAGAAGGUUCGAAACACGGUCUGGAUGAGUACACGUACCUCAAAUAUGUCGCCUACGGAAAUCAGAUCCCUUCUUGAUACCAAAAUUUCGAAACAAAAUUCAGAAAUGUAAGACUGUCCCUGCAAAUUUUUGGAAA